UUAUAUUUAAAAUGUUUCCCCAGGACUUACUUACUUUCUUAUCAAUGUCACGGAGUUUGUCAAAAUUAAUUAUGUUUCUGUAAAUUUGUCGUCCCCACAAAAAGCAAUGCCCAACUCCAGCUUCAUGGGCACAAUAAGGAAGAACUACCACAGCCUGAUCAGCGUAUUCGUUAAAAACGAUUCAGAAUCACAAGAUCGCCAAAUGACAAAUGCUUUUAAUAUGAAGCGCAAUCGGAGAGCCAAUUUACUGGCCCAAAAGAAAGUGAUUGUCCUCAAUGGAGAAAGCAGUAGAGAACCGGAGAAGAAACCAAAAGUUGCAAUACCACAAAAAAGUACGAUUCCCAAGGAGUACAAGGCGCAACACAUAGCAAACCUUUGUGACGUAAUUCGUAUAGACUUGGAGCAAAUCAGCGAUGAGUUCUUUUUCGAGACGAAGUGGAAAAUACUGGAUGUGCUGCGGGAUGCACAGCUAAAACAGCUGCAGGAUACGGUUCGAAGCAGAGCCGAAGAAUCUAAUUGCACGUGCUUAUAAAGAUAAAUUCAAACAAAAGAUAAUAAAUGUGAACAAAUUUAAAUAAAAAAUCAGUGCUGCAAAGGGCGCGCGGAUCGAUUCAUCGAUUAACUAUCGCAUAACGGCGCGUCGCUUUGCCACACUGCGCAUUGCGCACACAGAAUAGAGGGAGAAUGAAAAAAGUGACAUAAAUGGCGGAAAGCAAACCUAGCGCCAACAUUCGUAUUUUCGUUUAAUUUUCGCUCCAAACUACAAUUUAUUCGCGAUUAUUGGUCAGUGCAUACCGAGUGCAGGCACACAACGAGUUACCAGGACGGGAAAAGAGCCUUUGAAUAGAUUGCGUACCAUGUACAAGCGCAAAACGGCGAGUAUUGUUAAAAGAGAAGGCAGCUCCGGAGCGGGCACCUCCUCUGCGAUGAAGAUGAUGAUGAUGGGGGCUGGCAACGUGGAUUCGGAUGAUUCCGCGGCCCAUUCGCAGACCUAUGAGCCCGCAUCCACCAGCAUGGACACAUCCCCGGAUCCUCCCACGCCGAUCAAGUCCCCUUCGCAAUCACAGUCGCAGUCACAGCCCGGACAACAGCGCUCCGUGGGCUCCCUGGUCCUGCUCACCCAGAAGUUUGUGGAACUCAUGAAGGCCAACGGCGGCUCCAUCGACCUGAAAGCGGCCACCAAAAUAUUGGACGUACAGAAGAGGCGAAUAUACGACAUUACCAAUGUUCUGGAGGGCAUUGGACUAAUAGAUAAGGGCAGACACUGCUCCCUAGUGCGCUGGCGCGGUGGGGGCUUUAACAAUGCCAAAGACCAGGAGGAGUACGACAUGGCGCGCAGCCGGACCAAUCACCUGAAAAUGCUGGAGGAUGACCUAGAUAAGCAACUGGAGUACGCACAGCGCAAUCUGCGCUAUGUGAUGCAGGAUCCCUCCAAUCGUUCAUACGCCUAUGUGACACGGGACGAUCUACUGGACAUCUUUGGCGAUGACUCCGUAUUCACCAUACCGAACUACGACGAGGAAGUGGAUAUUAAGCGCAAUCACUACGAGCUGGCCGUCUCGCUGGAUAAUGGCAGCACAAUCGACAUACGCCUGGUAACAAACCAAGGCAAAAGUACCACAAAUCCGAACGACGCGGACGGGUUCUUCGACUAUCGCCGCCUGGACACACCCUCGCCUUCGACGUCGUCGCACUCCAGCGAGGAUGGUAACAAUCCAGCGGGCACGGGGAACGUAGUUACCGAUGAGCACGGGUAUUCCUGCAAUCCCGAGAUGAAGGAUGAGAUGAAGAUCCUGGAGAACGAGCUAACAGCAAAGAUCAUCUUCCAAAAUUACCUGUCAGGACACUCGCUGCGACGAUUUUAUCCUGAUGAUCCGAAUCUAGAAAACCCUCCGCUGGUGCAGCUGAAUCCACCCCAGGAAGACUUUAACUUUGCCUUGAAAAGUGACGAAGGAAUCUGCGAGCUGUUCGACGUACAAUGCUCCUAACUACUCCUUACGAAUGUAGCUACCAUGCAACUGGCCGCGUGCGUUGUGCAAAUAUUUAUGAUUAGUACAAUUCUGACUUUUGAUUUCCCUAUAUCGUCUAGAAAUUUUAAUUAGUUUAAUUCCUUGUAAUUUCGCCAGACUAGCAGCAAAACCAAUAAAUCCAUAAAUGCACACAUUUGA